CCCUGUUGAGGAGGACAGAGAUACAAAGACAAUCCCAAAAGAUGAGAAAGGCCGUGUGGGUAGUGGUUCUGGCAGGAAUUUGUGGGUUAGUGGACUUUCAUCCUCUACUAGAGCUACAGACUUGAAGAAUCUUUUCAGCAAGUAUGGAAAGGUGGUUGGUGCAAAAGUAGUGACAAACGCUCGCAGUCCUGGUGCUCGCUGUUACGGCUUUGUUACAAUGUCAACAUCUGAAGAAGCCACUAAGUGUAUUAAUCAUCUCCACAGAACAGAGCUGCAUGGAAAAAUGAUUUCUGUGGAAAAGGCAAAAAAUGAACCAGCUGGGAAGAAGCCUUCGGACAAAAAGGAAGGUGAAACAAGGAAGGAAAAAGACAGGCACCAUUCUGCAGAGUCCAAAUCUGAGAAGUGUGUUGGUAUUAAGAAGGAGGAGAAGACCGACAAAAAAGAUGAUGCUAAGAAAUCAGAAAAAGAUGGAAAAGAUGAAAAAGAAGGAAAAGAGAAAGAGGAACAAAAGGCUGGAUCCUCUGAGAGAUCAAGGGCAAGCAAAUCAGCGAGUCGAGGAACCGAAAGGACAGUGGUAAUGGAUAAAUCUAAAGGAGAACCGGUUAUUAGUGUGAAAACCUCUACAUCAAAGGAGAGGAGUACAAAAAGCCAGGAUCGCAAAUCUGAGAGCAAAGAAAAGCAAGACAUUUUAUCGUUUGAUAAAAUCAAAGAACAGCGAGAACGUGAACGUCAGAGACAGAGGGAGCGAGAAAUCAGGGAAACAGAAAGACGCCGAGAGAGAGAGAGGCGAGAACGAGAACAACGCCUUCAAGCUAUUCAUGAGCGGGAUGAAAGACAGAGGCUCCAGAGAGAGCGAGAACGACUUGAAUUUCAAAGACAGCGUCUUGACAGAGAGCGCUUGGAGAGGGAGAGAUUGGAGAGGGAAAGAAUGCACAUAGAACAGGAAAGGAGACGAGAACAGGAACGAAUCCAGCGAGAGAGGGAAGAGCUGCGACGUCCAGAACGGCGAUCUGCCAUGAGAAGGCCUUAUGAUCCUGAUGGCAGGCGAGAUGACCCAUACUGGCCAGAGGCGAAGCGGAUGGCCAUGGAUGAUAGGUAUCAUUCUGAAUUUAGUCGUCAAGACCGCUUCCACGACUUUGACCACAGGGAUCGUGGCCGAUACCAAGAUCAUUGUUUGGACAGAAGAGAUGGUUCAAGAGGAAUACCAGAUCGAGAUGGGCAGCAUUAUCCAGAUGAACGCCACGGAGGGCCUGAUCGUCACUCCCGGGAUAGUUGGGGUGGCUAUGGGUCUGACAGAAGAAUGAGUGAUGGGAGAGGGAUGCCUCCACAAACCCGAGAUGGACGUGACUGGGGAGAUCAUGGUCGAAAGUUAGAGGGGCAUCAAGAUCGUUCAUGGCAGGGAAAUAUGGAUGGAGGAAUGAUGGGACGGGAUCAUGAGAGAUGGCAAGGUGGUGAUAGAAGCAUGCCUGGUCAGUCAGGACCAGGCCAUGUGAUGAAUCGAGGAGGGAUGUCAGGGCGUGGAGGCUUCACACAAGUUGGAAACCAGAGCCAGAUGAUGCAGAGUAGCGGAAUACACGGAAUGUUUGUGGGCCAGGAGCGGACAAACAGACCGACUGAACCUCAUUUUACCCGCCGCUACUGA